AAAUGCAAUCUUAGGUACAUUUGUACACUUUUAACUCUCAGAAUAUUGUAUUUUGUUCUACCACCAAGGAUGAUCUCAACAUCUUUCUAAAAGCGUUAGGGUCUCAUGGCUGUCUCAGGAAUAAUGGGGUCAAUUUAGGUGGGGGCAUUAUUCCGGUCACUUGGGAGGAGGCAUUGUGAGGAAAUGCAAAUGAUCAAGUUCUUAAAGACUGGCUGAAAGAGGAAGGGUACUCUACAGUCCCGCUCUCACUUGGCAAAUCUGUUUUUCUCUCCGUUCAUGAUGAAGCUUUUUGGAGCUCUGAUCCUGUUUAUUACUCUGUCUGCAGCCUGUGGAUUAAGAUGCUACACAUGCACCGCCACCGACCCUAAAUCCUGCAUUGACACCAAAUCUUGUCCAGUCAUCUUCAACCGGUGUUUCUCUCUCAGAAUAGACGGUUAUACCAUGGUAACCAAGGGUUGCCAAAACAGCAUAGCAUGUGGCGGUGCCAUGGCUUGCUGUGAAGGGAACUUGUGUAACAGUGCCCUGCCCACUGCUCCCUGCGUCAUCCUCCUGCUGGUCUCUUUGGCCUCCAUCUUUUUCUGAGGUUCUGGGACUUCGUUAUUUCUACGCUUUUCCUGAUCCAACUGAAGAAGAAUAAGCAAUUAUUAUAUUUACAUGCUCUUCCAAACCUCUAUUUCUAACACAAUAAGAUUGUCUUUGAAUGUUUAAAUCAAACUAAUGAUGUUGUCCCUCUGCCGGAUAUUAAAUUGGCCAUAUACUGUUUGAAGACGGUUGGUUUCAAAACUGUUGUAAUGAUAUGUUCAGAAGAUGGUUUCUUGGUGUGUUUUUUGUUGAUAAUCAAAUCCAAUAGUUAGUUACCAUGAAGUCUCCUUAUAUAUAUUGCGUGAGACAAAUAGAUCACAUUUCAUGAAGAACAGAGAAAAAAGUCUCUACCUGAUCGGUCUCAACGCUGUGUGUGUCCGUCAGGAAACACGCUGUUUACAAGUAGUUCCAGCAAACAUCCACUGAUAAAUUGCGAUGUUAACAACCUCAUGAUAACCUGAUCUUUUUUUAACUUAGGAUCAUACCUGUGUUUAGUCUAGAAAAAGGUAAAUGUGUGCAUUUUAUUAUAAAGUUGUGUAUAUUUACAGACUGUUGCAAAAACUAAGAAGCUUAUAAACAUCAGGUUUGAAACUAAAAGAGCUUUACAAAAAAGUAACACAA